AUGAAACUUCUAUUGCUCAUUGUAUUUUUGAGUUACGUGAACUCUUCUGUAAUAAUUCCAAAAGAUAGAGAAGUUGUUUUCGAGUUGGACAAUUUUGAAAAACGAUUUUAUUUGGAUGCCGAAGAAGAGAAACCACUUCAUAUUAUAAUUACACCAUGUGGAGCACCAGUUUAUUAUCAAAUUUUUAAAAUUGCUGAAGGUUAGUUGGAAAUUAUGGGUUUCAAAACAAUCUGGGAAUUUUUGUAGUUUAAAUUCAGAAUUUUUUUUAGAUUUACCUCAGCUUUCCUUUCCAAAAACCCAAUGUUACUUAUUUUUCUCGAUUUUCUUUUAAAAAAUCACCCGUGAUGAGUAACAAGUGUUUUUAUCAGCGUUCAUUGGAAUGCACACUAUUUCUCAAUUUUUCCUUCACGAAACCCCUAAUUUUUCUUUUUUCUUCCAGACCUCAGUUUUGAUGAAGAAUUAAACAUCAUUUCUGAUCAUUCGAUUGGUCUUCAUCAAUCUGAGCAUUUACAACUUUUGGUGGAAAAAGAGACUACAACAAGAACACAAUAUUUCAUCGAAAAUGUUCCGGGAAAACUUGUUUUAGUAUUGGCAACACCAUUAGCUGCUUCAGUUCGAAUUUUCAUCACUUCUGAAUUUGAAAAGAGAAUUGAACAAUAUCCAGAACUUCCAAAUGAUUCGAGAUUGGCAAUGACUUUGGAUUCAGAUGAAGAAUAUCGAGAUGAUGUGAAAUUGAGAGUGACAUGGAAAAUUGCAGAAAAAAUCAAGUAUUCGGAAGAAUUCGGAAGAUAUCGAUUCUGUGCAAUUAUUUCACAACAACCAAUUGAAUAUGCUGCACAAUGCAAUCAUUUUGAGGAAAAUCUUGAGACUAUUCGCUGUGUUUCAAAAUUCAAUAACUCGAUAACAAUCGAUAAUUUGAGACGAGAAAAAUCAUAUUAUGUGCAUUUAUUUUUGCGAGAUUAUAGAAUGCAAACAUCGUCAGAAUAUGAGAAAUCUGUGGUUAGAAUUCCAGCAAAAACAAUCGUCAGAAAACAUAGAGUAAGUCGAGAAUUUCGAGAAUUUUGAGAGUUUAAGAGUUUUUCAGCAUCUUCAGAAGAAAUCGGUGGCCAGAAAUUUGUUUCCGGGGAAACUUCAAUCAACUCAACUUGAGAAUAAAAAAGGGAGCUACAAAAAUUAUCGAUUUACGGUUCCUGAAGGGAAUGGAACACAGACAGUGAGUCAAUUUGGAGAAAAAAAUAAAGAGAUCAAAAAAUAUGAAAACUAAAAAUAAUAAAUUCGGAAUGAAAAGAUAAUCCGUUUUCUUGGAAUUUUAGUCUUAGCUUUUGAACUUUCGGGAUUUCAUUUGGGAUAUUUGAGAUAAAAUUUUAUCAAAAUAAUUUUUCAUUUGGAAAAAAAGUAGAAAAUUGCUAGAUUUAUCGAAAUCAGAAAAGUAGUUUUAUGAAAAAAAAAUUACAAUUUUAAAAUUUCAUAAUUUCCACGUAAAAUUUCAUAAUUUCCACGUCAUUUUUUGUGUUGAAAUCGAACACUUGUGUUUUGUUUUAUCCGAUUUUCGUUCGCUCAUCUCAUCAUUUUUUCUUAAAGCGAGUUCAAGUUUCAGUUACAACAAACAAAAAACACAUUCCUCUCUGCAAACGAGAUCGUUUUUCUUUUCGUGUUCUAUUUUCACACAUUUGUUCUAAAAAUACUUCGACAAAGGUAUUCAUUGACGUCACAACACAUAACAGUUGUCAUUUUAUACGAACUUGAAGAUAUACUAAUUUCACAAUUAUUUUUUUGUUUUUUCAGGCAAUGUUAAUUGUGCAUUCAUGUAAUGGAUUGGUUCGUAUCAACAUUUAUCGAAAUGGUCAGAUUUUGAAAAAAAGUGAACGAUUCUCAGGGUUCCGCAGAUUUGUUGUGACGAAUUUAAGAGGAGGAACUAUGAAAAUUCAAAUCGUUAAUGAUGAUGAUUCAUUAAAGGUUGGCAUAAACUCUAAGAAUCAGAAAAAUAUUUGUUUUUUUUUUCAGACAGUUCGAGUUUGGGCGAGCACUGAUCUUUCAACAUCACCUUAUCCAAAUUUACCAGACGACACUUCGAUUAAACUUGUUGGCCGAACUUGUCAAUCAGUUUCUAUUCAAUGGCUUCGCGCACUUGAUGAUAAUGUUAAAUAUUGUGUUUACAAGCGAAAAGAAUCCUCACAAUUCAUCGAACAUUUAGUUAGCACCGUAGACAAUCUUUGCGACAGCACUUUCGAAUCAUCGCACAUUGUUGGAUGUUAUAAAUCGCAUACUUCACCAAAAUCAUUGAUCGAAACAACUAUCAAUGAUUUGGAUCCAUUCAGCACUUAUCGAUUCGAUUUGUUGGCGACUCCAAUUAAUCGACCAAUGGCACAACCAUUGCCUUAUAGAACUAUUUGGGUUAGAACCAAUUUAUCGUGUCAUUUAUAG